AUGCCUCUACUUGAAAUACCCGAGGACUUCAACAAGAAACCGAAAUUAUACACGAAGCGAGCCGUCAAAGUGAUCUUCGCGCCAGCAAUGAUGUCGUCAAUGUUUCCUGUGGCCGGAGUGCCGUAUGUGGCGAAGACACCGGUGAGGAGUAAUGACAAGAUGACUUCAUUCAAAAGUCAACGAGUAGUUGAAAACGGCUUCAUGCCAACAUUUAAAGUCCAGGGCCAGGUUUACCACCUUGCAGGUAGUCUUCUUCCACAAGUUCCUGACGACCAUAAGUUUUUGCAGAUAUAUUUUAUUUCCGAUCCUGAAGUUCAAGCAACGACUCGAUGUAAUAUUAGUAAUAGUAAUUCAAGAACACCACUUGAUAACUCUAUAGUCAGGUCAUUGCAAAACAUGUUGCAUUUGCAUAAUAGAUACGUACAAUCUUUUAAAACUGCAAUGGAAAGUAUCUCUCUCGAUGUCCCAGAUUACAAUGUAGUAAUUCAUGCCAGCAGGGUACCUGACGGUGAACACCGUGGACGGUAUAAUGCUCCUUCUACCAGUGAAGUAGCAGUUGUUGCUGGACAACAAUUUGACAAAAGGGAUAUCGUUCUUCGAAGCCGCGACGAAAAUCUCCACAAAAUUUCCGAACUACAUCAUUCAUAUGACAGUCUUCAAUAUCCAUUGAUGUUUUGUCGAGGUGAAGACGGAUACACAAUUGAUAUUCCCCAAGUUAAUCCUUCUACAGGAGACAGAGUACAGAAGAAAGUUUCAUGUAUGAAUUAUUAUUGCUAUCGUUUAAUGGAACGCCAUAAUCAUUAUAAUGUUUUACUAAGGUACGGAAUGUUACUGAAUCAAUAUGUUGUAGAUCAGUAUGCUAAACUAGAAUCAGAACGUUUAGCUUUUAUACGAAAUAACCAAACACAAUUACGCGCAGAAAAUUAUAUACACUUACAGGAUGCUUUACAUUCUAAUGAACACACGACAAACAAUAUUGGGCAGCUGGUAAUAUUACCGUCAUCUUUUACUGGCGGACCAAGAUACUUACACGAAAAAACUCAAGAUGCCAUGACCUAUGUCAGGAAUUACGGGAAACCUGACCUCUUCAUUACUAUGACCUGUAAUCCUAAUUGGAAAGAAAUAAAAGAUAAUCUGCAUUCCACCGCAACACCUCAAGACCGAUAUGACAUUUUAAAUCAAUUACCAGACCAAGACGAAGACCCAACAUUGUAUGACAUCGUGGUAAGGAACAUGAUUCACGGACCCUGUGGAGCUUUAAACCCUAACUCGCCAUGCAUGCAUGAGGGAAAAUGUUCAAAAAAAUUCCCAAAACCAUACCAGAGUCAAACUUCAACUGGUGAUGAUGGCUAUCCAAAGUAUAGAAGAUUAUCACCAGAGGAAGGAGGACGCAAGGCUGCUAUUCGAAGUGACCAGGCUACGUUUAGUUUACAUUCUACAAAUGAAGUAGAACAAUUUCAAUCUGGCCGCUACAUUUGUAGUUCUGAAGCACUAUGGCGGAUUAUGUCCUUCAAUAUUCAUGAAAGAGCACCAACUGUCACACACCUCGCUGUUCAUUUAGAAAACGGACAGCGGGUGUAUUUCACUGAAAAUAAUGUAAAUGACAUUGUGAAUAAUCCAAGAGAUACUACUUUAACAGCGUUUUUCAAACUAUGUGCAGAGGACGACUUCGCAAAAACUCUGACCUACGACAAGGUGCCUGCCUAUUAUACCUGGAAUCAAAAUACGAAAAAAUUCCAACGACGAAAGCAGGGGGCGGUAGUUCUCGGGUACCCUGGCGUGAGAAAAACAGAUGCUCUUGGAAGGGUGUACGUGGUACACCCUAAUAAUGCAGAAUGUUUUCAUUUGCGGUUGUUACUCCACGUUAUAAAAGGCCCUACUUCGUUUAGAAGUCUCCGCACUUUUGAAGGUGUAACUUACGACACAUUCCAAGGGGCUUGCAAAGCUAUGGGCCUCCUCGAAGAUGACAGUCACUGGGAGAGUACGCUCUCUGAAGCAGCCAUAUGCUGUUCACCAAAAUCACUUAGGUGCCUUUUUGCCAUUAUGAUAUCGUUCUGCCAAAUCACGGACCCGCAUCUUCUUUGGCAAAACUAUCAGAAAAGUAUGUCCGAAGAUAUACUGCAACGCAGACGACAAGAACUGUCAUCAGAUGAUUUAGAGUACGACCAAAAUAUUUUUGAUGAAGCUUUAAAUGAAUUAAAUAAAGAGGUCGAAUCUCUAUCAGGUAAAAGUAUAAAAGAUUUUGGUUUUAACUUGCCGUUAAAUUCAAAUCUUUAUGCAAUGAACAACAUCGAGGAUUUACGAGAGACUGACUAUGAUUACACCCAACUCUUACAGACAAUUCAAGAUGAACAUCGCUUAAAUCCAGAACAAAAAAUUGUUUACGACCAAAUAUUGUCAUCAGUUAAUAGUAAUGAAGGGAAAAUGUUCUUUCUAGAUGCACCCGGGGGCACGGGUAAAACAUUUAUAAUUAAUUUAUUAUUAGCAAAAGCAAGGUCUGACAGAAAAAUUGCUCUUGCCGUGGCGUCGUCCGGUAUUGCAGCCACACUUUUGAAAGGCGGGCGAACUGCACAUUCCACUUUCAAACUACCUUUAAAAAUUUGCAGUGACGACGUCUCUAGCGUUUGUAACAUCUCAAAACAGAGUAAAACAGGUAAUGGUGCAUUUCAAUCUGGAAAUGUUAAAAUCAAUCUUAGUAACCUAUGUGCUUUGGUUCAAAAUGUGGAAGAAUUGGUUGAGACCGUAUAUCCCGAUAUUACUAAUAUAACUACAAAGACUUUAUGUUGGUUUAAGGAAAGGGCUAUAUUGGCACCUACUAAUGAACAGGUUGAUAAAAUUAAUCAUUUAAUUAUUUCCAAGUUUGAAGCACCAUCACAGAUAUACUAUUCAGUUGAUACAGUUUUGGAUACCGCAGAGGCAGUACAUUAUCCAACUGAAUUUUUGAAUUCUUUAGUUCCUCCCGGAAUUCCUCCACACAAGUUAAUAUUAAAAGUGGGUUCACUAGUGAUAUUACUUAGAAAUUUAAAUCCCCCAAAAUUGUGUAAUGGCACGAGACUCAAAAUAGUUAAAUUAAAAAACUUUCUAAUCGAAUGCACUAUUUUAACUGGCUGUGGUACUGGUGAUACUGUUUUAAUUCCCAGAAUACCGAUGAUUCCCUCCGAAUUACCCUUCCAAUUCAAAAGACUGCAAUUUCCAAUCAAAUUAGCCUUUGGUAUUACUAUUAAUAAGGCACAAGGCCAAACUUUAAAAGUUGCAGGAAUAGAUUUAACUGAUCAAUGUUUUUCUCACGGCCAGUUAUAUGUUGCCCUUUCAAGGGUGACAUGUAAAAAUAAUCUGUUUGUGUUUACUAACAAUCCGUCAGAAGUAAUGAACGUUGUGUAUAAGGAAAUAUUUCAAUAG